UUGCAGAAUUCUUUGUCAACUAUAGGAUGGAUACGAAGCCAGUGACCGAUAGCAAGGAUGUCCACUCAGAGGCAGAGUUCAAGAAACGGGAUGCCAAUUGGCCCGUGGUGCUCUUCUACAUUCACGUCUAUAUACUAGGCCUCUUUGGCGUUUACGUAGCAUUUGCAAGCGCCUCGUGGAUAACGAUAUUUUUCACUGCGCUGGUCAGUCUACUGGGCAUAUUGGGGGUGACAGUGGGCGUCCAUCGUUUAUGGGCACAUCGCACUUUUACGGCAACCGCACCAUUGCGAGUGUUCCUUAUGCUCUGCCAGACAAUGGCCGGACAGGGCUCCAUUUACAGUCGCGUGCAUGCGCAUCGGUUGCAUCAUGCCAAGUUCAAAGAGGAUGAGGAUCCUUACUACAGCAAACAGGGUUUCUUGCGUGCCCAGCUGCAUGGCAAUCUUUUGAAAUACUCUCGACAGCAGGAGGAAUUGCUUUUGAAUGUGGAUAUGUCCGAUAUAGAAAGCGAUAAAAUUGUCAUGUUUCAAAAACGCUUCUAUGUGCUCCUUUACAUUGUGCUGAAUGUAUUGGUUCCCCUGAACACUCCAUUCCAAUACUUUGGUGAAACACUGGCCGUAUCCAUGUUUGUUGGCUUCUGGCUGCGCAGUUUAAUUGUUUUGAACGUGGGCAACUUGGUCAACUCGUCACACUUUGUUUGGGGCAUAAAGAAGGACUUUAAGCCUACGGAUUCGAAUAGCAUUUUCUUCAUAACGAAAUCAUUUUGGCCACAGUUCCAUUACCUGCUGCCCAAUGACUAUCAGAGUGGCGAGUUUGGCGACUAUGCCAAAGGCACUGGGUCAACCAUGAUUAGAGUAUUCGCUGCACUUGAUCUGGCCAAGGAUCUACUCACGAUUUCCUCGGUGGCGGUGCGAAAUGGCUUGACUGUCGCCGUGGAAAGUAAAAGGCCAAUUGUCGAGUGUAUCGAGGAGCAAGUGAAGCUGGAGCAGAAUGCCAUGCCGGCCAACCAUUUUCUCAAUCGUGAAAAGUUCAUGUGAUGCGUUGAAUUUUCGAAUAUUUGGCUAUGGCCAAAACUACAAAUAAAAUAAAA